AUGGCGUCCAGUGUCAUCGAUCAUGAGAAAGGCACCGAAACUAUCAACAAUCGUCUAGCAUCUCCGGACGACGCUCAUCACCAGCAGGGGAAGUUUGAGUCGGCGCAUGAUGCGGCUGCAAGUGGACAUGCUGCUACUGAUGCGCACGGCAACGCACUGGUCAGCUUCAGCAAGGAUGCUGAGAAGCGCCUGGUGAGAAAAAUUGAUUGGGCGAUCCUGCCGCCUGUCACUACAAUUUAUCUAUUCUGCUUUAUUGAUCGAGCCAACAUCGGUAACGCAAGGCACGUUGCACCGCUUGCUGGCUUGGAGAAGGAGCUCGGUCUGAAAGGCUACGACUACAACACAGUCCUAAGCGUCUUUUACAUCUCCUACAUCAUUUUCGAGCUGCCCUCAAAUAUGGCGUGCAAAUGGAUUGGUCCUGGCUGGUUCAUACCCUUUCUGACACUAUGCUUCGGCAUUGCGUCCAUUGGUACCGCAUUUGUGGACACGAUGGGUCAAAUUUGUGCUGUUCGAUUUAUCCUGGGUAUUUUCGAGGCUGGGAUGCUACCUGGAGUGGCCUAUUAUAUGUCUCGGUUCUACCGACGAUCUGAACUGGCAUUCCGCCUGUCAAUAUACAUCGCGAUGGGGAGCUUUGGCGGAGCGAUAGGAGGUCUGCUUGCAAGUGCCAUCCUCACUCUCGACAACGUCGGCUCCUUGACAGAAUGGCGCAUGAUAUUUGCUGUAGAAGGCAUCAUCACGGUUGGCCUUGCCGUUGUGGCAUUUUUCACCAUGACAGACCGGCCCGAGACCGCACGCUGGCUGUCCCAGGACGAGAAGGAUCUUGCCAUUGCCCGCGUCAAGUCUGAGCGCGUGGGUGUGACCGUUCUUCUUGACAAGAUCUCAUGGGCGAAGACGUUCCGCGGUGUGUUCUCCCCAGUCACAUUGUCUACAGCUUUCCUGUUCCUUCUCACAAAUAUUACCGUCCAAGGUCUUGCAUUCUUCGCGCCAACAAUCGUUCGCACCAUCUAUCCUAAGCAAUCUGUGGUACAGCAGCAGCUGAGAACUGUUCCGCCUUACCUAGUUGGCACAUUCUUCACGGUCCUCAUCAACUGGCUGUCAACGCGCUUCGACCGCCGCAACCUCUUCAUCAAUCUCUCUGCUCCACCUGUCAUGAUCGGCUACAUCAUAUUCCUGGCCACUCGAUCAGGGGCCGCUCGAUACACAGCCACAUUCUUCAUUACGUCCGGAGCGUUUGCCAACGGAGCCCUCUCGAAUGCUCAGGUCUCAGCAAAUUUGCUGUCCGACACAGCGCGAAGUAGCGGGAUCGGUAUGAACGUUAUGUGCGGGAACAUCGGAGGACUUAUCAGCACCUGGUCCUACCUUCCAUUCGACGCACCAGACUACAAGAUCGGCAAUGGCCUGAACUUGGGCGCAAGCAGUAUGAUUUUCUUGUGCUCUGGACUGCUGUUCCUGUUCUUCAAAUGGGACAAUGUUAGAAGGGCCAAAGUGGAUGUUGAUGAAGCUUUGACGGGAAAGAGUGCCCAGGAGGUCGAGGAGAUGGAUUGGAAGCAUCCGGGGUUCAGGUGGCGACCUUGA